GGAAAAUGGAGAAAAUCAAGAAGUAAAGAGGGAAGGAAUGAGUGAAUCAAAAGGGUGGAAAGAGGGAGGGACAGCCACUGAGGGACUAGAGAGUCGGGAGGGCCUGAGAGUGGGCUCACCGCCCGCCCCUCCCAGUCCCACCCUCUCCCUCCCUCCCUUCCUUCCUUGCCGGGAUGCCCGGAGCACUCGGUAGAGAAGGGAGACUCAGCAACCCUCUCCCACCAGUGUGGCCAGGGCUGGGUCAUGGGCAGCGGGAGCAGCCGGAGCAGGCGGGCGCGGAAACAGUUGUGCAGCCCUGACAGGAACCCAGGCGUCCCUGGCGUCCUGGAGCUGGGCGAUGGGCAGCGGGGCACUGAGGCCCGCCAGGAGGAGAAGGACAGGAAAGAUGAGCAGGAGGAAGGCUCAAGGAAAGAGGCCCAAGAAGACUGCGCUGUCCAAGACUCUGAGUCGCCCCCAAAGGGGGAGGAGGAGCCGGAGUCGGAGUCACAGUUACUGGACCAGGUGUUGGCUGAGUCGGAGGCCUGGGAUCCAACAUUCGAACCCCAGCCAAGUCGGGUCUCCCACUUUCGGCCCGGGCUGAACCCACACCUGGGUGGGGACCCCGGCUCGCAAGCGAACCUCAGCAGUCACGGAGAGCGCCAGGUUUCUCCUGUGCAGAGCUCCCAGGAUAUACAGAACAAUAACAACUUUGAGACUCCCACCACAAACAGCAAGAAGCCUGGAAGACAAACUCCCAUCCUGUAUGACUACUCAGAAGAGGAGCUGAUGGCAAGCAUCGAGCGGGAAUAUGGCCGCUGAGGGCUGCCAUGAGCCAAAGAAGACGAGUGAUUUUGGGUGGCAGCCCCUGAGCAGUUAAAAAAGGCACAUCCUCCAUGGAGGAGGAAAGCAACGUCAACUUCUGCCCCCUCCCCUGCUCCCCACCGGCCAGAAGCUCGCUCACCACGUAACCUAGUGUGGUCAUGCUAUCCUUCCACCAAAGGCAUCGUCUUUCCAGUAGGCACUGGGUCAGUAGGGAAGAAGGUGGAGAGCCUUCCAGUAAGCUGCCAACCACUCCUGAAGUGCAUUUAUAGAUCAGCAGAAUGGGUCCUUGGAGAUCAUCUGGCCCAUCAUUUGUAUUUUGCAGAUGAGGAAACAGAGGCCCAGAGAGGUAAAGGUAACUUCCUAAGGUCACACAAGAGCCAGGACUCUUUCCAUGGCACUCUCCUACCUCCCCCUUGGCAGCUGGCUUUUUAAAAAGUGACCUUUGAGAAGUCGGGCCCUAAAGGCAGUCUUCUGUAUGACCGGCCAUACGAUGUCACUGCUUGAAGUGUCUGGUCAGAGACUGUAUUAAGAACCAUUCUUACAUGGGACAGUGGAAAGAACGUUUUCUCCAGGGUAUCAGAGAAUCCGAGUUGCAAUCCCAACUCUGACACUUAGAAGCUGUGUGACCUUGGGCAAGUUAUUUAGCCUCUGUAAAAUGAUAGGGUUAGACCGUGUGGCCCCUACAGUCCCUUCCAGCUCCAGAUCUGAGUAGCUGUCAAGUGGUUUUCAAGUCCUGUCUGAUUCUUUUUGACCCCACAUAGGGUUUC